AUGGGCUCCUCACGAGAAAGUCCGACCGGGCAAAGCCCGACGGAGAAGCCGCGCGAAGACACCAUCGUCAUCGGAGAUCAAGAAAAAUCAAGCACGGUCGAUGAAAAGGACACGGAGGAGCAGAAGAAGAAUGAGGAGAAUGCAUCGCUGGGCAAUUACAUUAGGCUGCUUUCCUAUACCAAUUCUACUGAUCGCGUGAUCCUUGCAAUCGCCAUGGUAUGCGCGAUCGGAUCUGGAGUGCCGCUUCCCCUGAUGAAUAUUGUGUUUGGCAGUCUUGUCGGUGAAUUCAAUGGAUACUUUGCCGCAGGAACAUCGGUGACGGAGGCGGACUUCAAAGCGUCCGUGAGCAGACUGAGCUUAUACAUUGUCUACCUGUUCAUCGGUAAAUUUACUUUGACAUAUUUCUCCAUGUACUGUUUCCGGGUUAUUGGCCUGCGAGUUUCAGCCACACUGCGACACGAUUACAUGCAGACGCUCUUCGCCCAGCCGAUCAGUAAGCUCGAUCAGGUAUCGGUGGGCACCGUAACCAACACAAUCACCACCCUGUCCAAUUCCAUCCAGCAGAGCAUUUCGGAUAAACUCGCCAUUCUCUUUCAAUCUGUUGCCCUGCUCUUGGCAGCAUACAUCAUCGCAUUCAAAUAUUCAUGGGCCUUGACACUGGUCACUAGUUCUGCACUCCUAUUCAUCCUGAUCGCUGUCAGCAUAACACUACCUCGUUUAACGCAAGCUCAGCAAAGUAUCGACAAGGCAGAUGAGAAGCAGUCAUCCAUUGCAGCGGAGGUGUUUAGCUCAGUUCGGACAGUGGUGUCACUGGGAGCGGAAGGGAACCUCGCCACAAAAUAUGCGCUUUGGGUUGAAGAAGCGCGUAAACGAGGCCGAAAGAUGUCCAUCUUCGUUGGAUUUCAGUUUGGGCUCAUUUUCUUUGCUAUGUAUUCGAGUUAUUCCUUAGCCUUUUGGUUUGGACUGAAGUUGUUCCGCGACGGACACAUAGGGAGCAUUAACACGGUCAUCACUGUAUUCUUCUCGGUCAUGGUGGCAGUGAGUGUUAUGGGAAACAUUGCCUCGCCUUUGAUCAUCAUCUCCAAGGCAGCUAGUGCGGCGGGUGCAUUCUUUGAGAUGCUGGAUUCAGAAAAGAUUGACGCUAGCGGUCUCGGUGGAUCCGAUGCCUCGGCGGAGGUGGACAUAGUCCUCGAAAAUAUUCACUUCGCAUACCCUGCCCGACCAGACACCAAAGCUCUGAAUGGGCUUAAUGCUCGAUUUCAGCGGGGAAAGACGACGGCGUUAGUGGGUCCCUCGGGUUCGGGGAAAAGUACGAUCGUGGCUCUACUUGAGCGAUGGUAUCAGCUGAGCGGAACCAGCGAUAAAGAUCAAGGAGCGAUCUAUGUGGGCCAACAUAAUGUUAAUGACUUGGAUCUGAAGUGGUGGAGGUCUCAGGUUGGGCUGGUACAACAAGAGCCUGUUCUUUUCAACGAUACCAUUUUUAACAACAUCUCCCUUGGGCUGAUUGGGACAAAGUGGGAGCAUGAGACCCAUGAGAAAAAGAAAGAACUCAUUGAAAAUGCGUGUCGGGAGGCUUUCGCUGAUGAGUUCAUUCAACGGCUACCCAAGGGAUAUGACACUCCAGUUGGCGAGAAUGGUACCAAAUUAAGUGGUGGUCAGAGGCAACGACUUGCGAUAGCCCGCAGUAUUGUGCGCCAACCAUCUAUCCUGAUAUUGGACGAGGCGACGAGUGCGAUCGAUGUGCGCAGCGAGAAGAUUGUUCAGGCAGCCUUAGACCGGCUCUCUCGCAAUCGUACGACAAUCGUCAUCGCUCACAGACUGUCGACCAUCCGACAAGCCGACCAUAUUAUUGUGAUGAAGGGUGGUGUAGACAUCGAGCAGGGUACACAUGAGGACCUUCUCAAAAUCGACGGUGGAGUCUAUAGUGGCCUUGUCAAUGCUCAGAAAGUGGAGCUACUGGAUGAUGACACGGCCACCAGCGACAUAACCGAAGAAUUAAAGGAAGACCUCGAACCUGCAGAUGGACUUGUUCGAAUGUCUACGAACCAGGAUGGAAACAAGUCGACAAUGAAGAACAAAGGCUUCUUCGGCAGCAUCGGACUAUUCCUAUAUGAGCAGAGGGCACUUUGGAGAUUUUACAUUCCAGUCGUGGCAAGUGCGGCUGGAGCUGGAGCUGCGUUUCCACUCCAAAGUUGGUUGUUUGCGAAGCUUAUCGCUGUGUUUCAGUUGACUGGCCAGAGUCUGGCACACGCAGCCAACUUCUGGGCAUUGAUGUUUUUCAUUCUGGCCCUAGGGACAGCUGCAUCCUACGGACUUAUGGGAUAUUCUUCCAACAGGUUCUCAUUUGAAGUAUCCUCCUUCUAUCGAACACAGUAUUUUCACAACGUGCUCAGCAAGCCUAUUCCAUUCCACGAUCAGAUCGAAAACGCUUCUGGCUCCCUUGUGUCUCGACUAGCGACAGACCCGAAGCAAUUGCAAGAGAUAGUCGGGAUAAACGGUGCAUUUCCGCUGUCUUCCAUCUUCAGCAUUCUGGGAUGUAUUAUCAUCGCGUUCACAUUCGGCUGGAAGCUCAGUCUCGUUGCUGUCUUCGCAGCACUGCCAUGCACGUUCCUUGCAGCGUUCAUGCGCAUUCGCUACGAAAUUCAAUUCGAGGCAAUGAACGCCAAGGUCUACUCCGGAAGUUCGCAAUUCGCAGCUGAAGCCAUAGACGCUUUUCGUACCGUCUCAGCUUUGACCAUGGAAGAUGUUAUCCUGGACCGGUAUUCCAACCUCCUACGCGACCAGCAAACAAAGGCUUUCCGAAAGGCCUGGUACGCCACCCUCAUCUUCGCAUUCUCUGACAGCGUCGAGUUGUGCGCCAUGGCACUCACAUUCUGGUAUGGCGGCCAACUCCUCGCCUCCAGAGAAUACCAACCAACCGACUUCUUCGUGAUCUACAUCGCAAUCAUCCAAGGCGGCCAAUCCGCCGGCCAAUUUUUCAGUUUCGGAUCCAACGUCGCGCAAGCCAUAGCAGCCGCAAACCGCAUACUGAAUCUCCGUCCAAACAAAGCCGAACAACAAGAAUCCCAAAUAAUCAAAUCCCAGCCCGAGUCCCUCCGAACCCACUCCGGGGCCAACAUCCAAUUCACCAACGUCGCAUUCCGCUACCCCAGCCAAGACACCCCCUUAUUCACGAACCUCAACGUCAAAAUCGAAAGCGGCCAAUUCGUCGCCUUCGUCGGCCCAUCCGGCUGCGGAAAAACAACCGUCAUAUCUCUCCUCGAACGGUUCUACACCCCUUACCAAGGAACAGUCCUCAUCAACGGCAACGACAUCCACUCCAUCGACGCCUCAUACUACCGCCGCUCCAUAUCCCUCGUAGCACAAGAACCCCGACUCUUCGAAGGCACUAUCCGCGAUAACAUCACCCUCGGACUGAACGAAUCCGAAUAUACCGAGGACGAUCUGAUCCAAGCGUGCAAAGACGCAGAGAUCCACGACUUCAUCACCUCCCUCCCGGAGGGAUACUCCACUGAUCUUGGGAUCAAGGCUCAGACGUCCAUGAGUGGAGGACAACGUCAACGCAUGUGUAUUGCUAGAGCAUUGCUACGCAAGCCGUCUCUUCUCCUGCUUGAUGAAGCGACAUCGAGUCUUGACUCGCAGUCUGAGAAGGUCGUGCAGGCAGCAAUGGAGCGAUUGGCUGCGAAACGGUGUAUGACAAUUGUGGCGGUCGCGCAUAGAUUGGCUACGAUACAGAAGGCGGAUACGAUAUUUGUCUUUGGGGAGAGUCGGAGGGGUUAUGGGUCGAGGGUCGUGGAGCAGGGGAGUCAUCAGGAGUUGUUGCGGAAUAAGGGGACGUAUUGGCAGAUGUGUCAGGAGAACGCGCUCGAUCGGUGA